AUGAGACCGACCUUUCUCGUUCGUUAUCCGACGGUAGCCCAACUAGUUCAGGAUUUCGAGGAAUCCCACCUCCAAGUAAUUCAAGACGCUACGGAUGAGAAAUUCGCGGUCAAAGACGCGAUACGCGACGAGUUUGAUAAAAUGCGUUUCGCGGUAAUAGGGCGGUACGAAAGCUUCGUUCCCGCGCCGGGGACCGCAGCGUCCUCCCGGAAUGCGCCGCCAGCGCAUCACUCAGCGAUCAAAUUACCGAAGAUCGCCUUCCCUCAAUUCACGGGUGAUCUUGCCCUAUGGCCGUCUUUCAUCGCUCUAUUCGACUCGGCGAUACACGAGAAUCCUGGAGUUUCCGCUAUCGAGAAGUUUCAAUACUUGUUGGCCUCGUUAUCGGGAGAGGCUCUGGGCGUCGUGAAGAAUCUGCCCUUGACCGCGGAGAAUUACGUGAUCGCGCACGAUGCGCUUCGAGAGCGUUAUCAGAACAAACGGAAGUUAGCCACGCAGUACUGGCGGUCAUUCGUGCACGCCAACCCCUUGGUCGCGGAUUCCGCCGAAUCCCUCCGCGCGUUAUUGGAUGUGUUUACCGAGAACACGCGUGCCCUGAGUAUGCUGGAUUAUCCUGUGGAGUCGUGGGAUUUUAUGCUGCUUAAUCAUUUAUUAGAAAAACUCACUCCUACGCUACGGGAGAAAUUCGAAGCGGCCCACAUGACCGUGGAAUCGCCGCGGUACGAUCAAUUAAUAAAAUUUCUAACAGGAUACUGUACGGUUCUCGCGUCGGCGUCGAACACUUUAGCACAGUCGAGUAAAGCAACAUCUCAGGCGUCAAAGAAGGCCGCGUAG